AUGGGUGUCAUGAAAGUCCUCAUCCUUCCUUUCCUCCUCUUUCCUCUCAUUUAUGCAGCAGACAAUUGUCCAACUGCCAAGUGUGGAGGGAAUGACUUCACUAUUCGAUUCCCUUUCUGGUUAGAAAGAGAGCAACCUCGAAACUGUGGUUAUCCCGGAUUCAAUCUAAUCUGCAAUGGUCAGGGUAUGACUGUUCUAAAUCUUCCUCAUUCUGGAGAUUUUUUUGUACGAAGUAUCAAUUAUGGCGAACAAGUGAUACAAAUCUACGAUCCUUCAAAUUGCCUUCCCGGUAGGCUUUUGGAUUUCAAUCUCUCAGAUUCACCUUUCAUGGCUGCUUAUUAUCAGAACUAUACCCUCCUCAGUUGUCCAUCUGAUCACACCAUCUCUCGUUUCGCUGCCAUUGACUGCCUCAGCAAUUCUACCAACAAGACUUUAUCUACUACAUCAACAAGACUUGCAGUAUCAAUGACUAUGUGCAAAGUAGUUGUUACUCUGCCUGUACCAGUUUCGUGGCCAAAUGUAUAUGAAGAUAGUUUUACAUCUGACCUUACCGACGAUUUGCAGUUAACAUGGGAUGUACCUAACUGUGAAGAUUGUGAAGCCAGGGGUGGCAUGUGCGACUUCAAGAACAAUACAAGUCGAGAAAUUUCAUGUUUCUAUAACCCUGAAACAGGCAAGGGCAGAGGGCUACAAGUUUUCAAGAUAAUUACCUUGUCCAUUGUCAUCCCAGCCAUCACUGCUUCCAUUACCAUAGUAUGUUUCAUAUGUUUAGUGGACGCGAGGCGACAAAGUGGUGGGAUCACUACCACACUGCAGAAUUCCACCACAGCAGCAGUAACACUGCAGCCGACCUCUCUGGCAACAGGUCUGGAGGAAUCCACCAUUGAAUCCUAUGCAAAAGUUGUUCUUGGUGAGAGCCGACGCCUGCCUGGUCCCAACGAUAUUACUUGCCCGAUAUGCUUAUCAGACUACCGCGCCAAAGAGACAGUCAGGUGCAUACCUGAAUGCGAACACUGCUUCCAUGCUGACUGCAUUGAUGAAUGGCUACGGCUGAAUGGUACAUGCCCUGUUUGCCGGGCUUCUCCUUCCCUUGUUCAUGGUGAUUCAUAA